CAUCGCAUAGAAGCAUCCAAUAAAACAAAACAACCGUGUUUUCGAUGCUUGGAGUGAUUUAGUUUUAGCGCUGAGCAAAACCUUUUCGCUUUUUAUUUUCCGUAGUGUGCUCCCUAGUGGUGCUGUUUACAGCCAACGAGAAAAUCCAGUUAAACGCGCAAUACCGAGGAGCAAGGCAGCGGGGAUGAUAAAGUGUUAUCCUUGUUUCCUGCUUUUAUACCCUGUUUGGAGGCUGGAUUGAUGACUUUCACAAAUCCAUCUGGGAGCUGCGGUUGAUGCCUUGAACAACCAACGACUCACAGAGGUUGGGCUAAAUUAGAAGCACGCAGGUACAGUACACCUCUGAUGAGACUCGUUGGAAACUACGACGAGACAGAAAAUAGCCGGCUCCUGGACAUCAAGCGCACGGACUCCCAAGCUUAGGAAGCGACAAGGUAAACGCACACAGACAAUUAAAGACCUCUAAAAAGUGGGACAUUAACCAUGUGCAGAUGAAGCUGCCUCUCCUAAACUCCAGUUGAAGGCAUCAAUCUGGGAAUAAAUACCUGGACAGCCAAGGGCUUAGAAAUCGCUUAGAGAAGCUUUGUUUUUUGAACUCUUUAAGAGAUAGUUUGCUGUUUCUGCAGAAAACAUACCAUUUGUCACCGUUGGAUCUACCUGCAUUUAAAAGAUGGUGUUUUUCUUGUAAUAUCUGUAUUUGUGCCGCUACCUAGUCAGUGGUGUCCGGUGACAAGACCUGAAAAACGACGUCCCACGGCCAUUGACAAAUCACACAGACUGCUUAUACGUUGCAUAUACAUAUAUUUCACUCUGACUGCAUGCUCAGCUGGUCUGUCAGAUCCAGUGCUAACAUCCCCGUCGACUGUGUGUAUAUGGGGAAGAGAGGGGAAAGGAUUUGCGUAUUAAUUUUUAGCUCCACGGACAGCAUUAUGGCAAACGCAAAGAUUUCCUGCUGACUGUUUCUUCGAAUCGUAUUAGCUUUUGCUGCAUGUCCAACUGUUAAGGUGGUUAAGUGCUUUCAGCGAAACACAGAGCUGAAAACAGCUGUUUCUUUGGAGAAAGGCUUCAUGCUUACUCCGCUGAGCGAAACUGCCGCUACCACCGAGUCCUCCUGGCUGGUGAGUAACCCUCGCUUGCUUCCAAUCUCUACAUAUGGGAGACACUGGACCGUAUGGCGUGCUAUUACCUUGUCAUCAGCUCCACACACCUCAGCAAUGGCCAUUUCCGAAGCAUUAAGGGAGUUUUCAGAGGUCCCCUCUGCAAGACUGCGGGGAGUGAAUCACUGGAUUAUGCUGAAAAGGAGAAAGCCAUAGCAAAGGCUCUGGAAGAUUUGAAGGCUAAUUUUUACUGUGAAUUAUGUGACAAGCAGUACCUCAAGCACCAGGAGUUUGACAACCACAUAAAUUCCUAUGACCACGCUCACAAGCAGAGGCUGAAGGAGUUGAAGCAGAGAGAGUUUGCUCGCAACGUCGCCUCGAAGUCCUGGAAAGAUGAAAAGAAACAGGAGAGAGCUCUCAGAAGGUUACAUCAGCUUGCAGAACUCCGGAAGCAAUCGGAAUGUGGUCCUGGAAGUGGCCCAAAGUUCAGGGCCACAACAGUCACAGCUGAGGUCCAACAACAAGAAAAAGGCAUCUCUGAGAAGGACUACGGAAAUGGAAAUCACUACAUCUUUCUUUCCCAUGAAGACAAUGCCCCAAACAAAGCACCCAAACGUUCGCAAGACCUGCUUGUCACUAAAGAAAGGCUUCACAUCCGAAAUACCCAAUUUGGCUUAAAUUCAGCUUCAGAUUACAGCAACCAAAGGGCUGGUGUCUCAUUUUGCUUCUCUAAAAAGGCCCAGCUGAAGCUUGAGUCCUCUGCAUCAGUUUUCAGUGACAACACAGAAGAAUCCAACGACAGAGAAAAUCCUCCAACACAUAAAGUGAAGCAAACUCUUGAAACAUUAAGAUCUCCUAAUCCUUUACCUGGAAAUACUACACUAGAUAUUAUGGAGGAAAGACAUACAGAAUAUCAAACGGACAAAAAAAUGCAAGAGAGCAAGGACAACUGCCUUGAAUUCAACCAAAUUUCUUCAGCACAUAGUACAACUGAUGACCAGUGUUUUCCAUUAACAGUACCCUCAGGCUCGCUUGAGAACUCUGCUUUGGACAAAGAACUGAGAGAGUCGAGCUUAGGAUCUCAAUCAGAAACAGAAAGUAAUGAACUGAAUAAGACAAACUGUUUUGCUGUGAGUGAUAUCAGUCUCAAAGGUGGGCAGGCUGAGAGAGAUUCAAGGCAAAUGCAAAGAAAAACUCUUAUACAAGAGACUAUUCAAAUGGAAAAAGGCACAGAAAUUGUCUAUGAUACAGUCACAGUCAAAACCGAGGACUCUCAAAACAAUGCCAUGGAGGCAGAUGAUACAUAUUGUGUGGAAAAUGUAUAUGGGGGUUGUGAUGAACUGAAUAAGAAAGUAGGUCCCUUCCUAAAUGUUCUUAACAAAGAUGGGUCAACUAUGUUGAAAUGGCCAUCAGAGCUUUUACUUUAUACAAAAACGGAGCCCUACAUUUCAUAUAGUUGUAAUCCUCUGUACUUUGAUUUUAAGCACUCCAAAAACAGACAGAAUGCUCAUGAUGACGUGCAGAAUUCAAGUACAGAGAUAUGUCAGUUGAUCGUAACUGCUGAUGAAAACAAUGAUAGAGAGAAUGACCACAGCAACUUGGAUUCUAUAGAGCUACAAACCCCGGGUCACCCAGAAAAUAAAUUUAAUAACCAAACCAAGCCAAAGAGUACAAAACAUUACAAAGCAUGCAAAACUCCCAAUCUUAAAUUAGAAGCAGACAAUACAUCAAGCUCUAGUUGUAAGCACAAUGUAAAUUCCCAGUUGGAGCCUGAAGCAUGCAUAGAGUCUACAUGGCUUAACAUGUCACUAAGCAAAGGUGUGAGCACAAAAAGAUAUAGAUUAGGAAAGCAAUCUUUAAAGGAUGAAACUUCAAAUGAUAGUGACCUAAUAGAUCAAAGUCAAAGAAAUAUAAAGCACUUGCUUCCCACAGUACUGGGUAAAAAUCAAAAGCAAACAUUUCUUAAUAUCAGUGGUAAAAAUUAUAGCGAAGAAACCUCUCCAGAUCACAUUGAUUUAAAGGCAAACAAUGAUCAUUUAAAAUGCAACUUAAAUGUUGGAGUUUGUGAAAGGAAAGGUUCCACUAAGUCUUCUAGUGAGAAGUCUGGCUCUUGGUGCAGCUUUUCAGAUUUGGAUACUGAUACUGAGGGUGGAUCCUAUCGAUCUGAAAGAUGUUCAUCCUCGUGUGGGUCAUCUUACAAGUCAUCAUCAAAAAGAGACACUAGCUACUCCAGAACACAUGGCAGCACUUCAAGCUGUAGCAAAACCUUUUCCAGCUACAGAUCAAGUGAUGACAGCUCCAGUGGUGACACAGCUCACUGCUCAGCAAGAGAACAUGAUUCCCAUCAGGAUUACAAGAGUGCCCACCGUCAUAAAAAGAGGAAAUACUCCACGUCGUCUGAGGAUUCAAGUGAGAUUGGCAUUAACUUUAGCCACAGCAUGAGCAGCAAUCGAAAAAGAAACAGGAGGCAGUGGGCAAUUUGUAGACGAAGCAGAAGUUCCUACAGUAGUAGCACUUCAGAUCAAAGUACAGAUCAACACAGUUGUUCUCGCCUGCGGUACAGCUCCAGCAGAAAGAGGCAUCAUUCUGAUAAAUCUAGAUCUAAAUCCAGACAUUCAGGCAGUAAAAGCAGAUCCAUUGAUAUGCAAUCAAAUAGAGAGAGAGUCAGCUUCUUCUCUAGAGAUCAAAUGUGUUCUUUUGAUUUUGAAUCAAGCAACAGCAUGGAGGUAGCAAAAGACAUUGGAAUCCAAUCUAGAUGUCAAACCAGCUAUACUGCAGUGAGUGAUAGUAGAAAGCAUGCAAGAACUUCUCCAAAUGCCAGUACUGUUGAGCAGUUUGUAAAAAAAUCUCCAGACAAUAAUGAUAAAAACAUUAUAGGCAAAAAACACAACAGUACGUCAUCAUUACCAUUAAUAGGAAAGCUUCCUGCUGUCAAAAGAAAUGUUAAGAGAGAGGAGAAUAACAAAUUGAAAAGUAGUAACCGUGAAGCAGCAACAAACAGAACUCCUGUUGACCCCCAAGAAUUUCAGAGUCCACUCCCAAAUGCUGAGGGCAAAUCUAUAUCAAUGCAGAGCAAAAAUCCGAAGUCAGAUACACUACAGACUGAGAGGCAACUACAAGACCCUAAAGGAAGAGAGGAACUUGAUGCAAUGCCUCGGGCUUUUUCAUCAGAGGCAUGUGUUUUUUCCAUUUUUUCAACAGAAAAGGAGAGCAUCAUGUUGCCAGACCCUGGUCAGAACUAUCCCCAGGGGCAGUGGCCAAAAGAGUCAGCUUUUCAGGCUGGUACCCAUUAUGCCGAGGAAAAACAGGCUCAGAUGGAAGAGCCCUCAAAAUGUGUUUCACCCCCUCUGACUGAGCAGCCCAUAACCUUCACUCCCGAUGAAAUUGAUAAAUACAGGUUGCUGCAGCUCCAGGCUCAGCAGCAUAUGCAGCAGCAGCUGCUCGGGAAGCACGUGAAGCUGCUCCCAGCUCAUUCAGAGGUGCCGGGCUUCAGCCCCGUGCCAGCGUUUCAGUCCGUCCCCCUACCCCAACCAGGCCCCCUUCCCAGCAUUCAGCACACGCUGCUGCAGCAGCGUGCGGUGGCAUCCUUCGCUUCUGCCCUGAACCAUCAUCCUAGUCAUCAGCCCCUGACUCACAUUCACCCUGUGCCUCAGCCGCACUUUGCACCCAUUUCUCUCUCUCCAAUUGCCCCAGCUCUUUUCCCUGCCCACCCAGCUGCUCUAUUGGCAGGCCACCCUUUUCAUUUCAUCCCGGCGUCUACCUUCCACCCAACCCAUCUGGCCCUCCAUCCUGUGCCACACAGCUCCCUCCUCCCCGCCUUACUGACUCCCAGCUCUGCUAUGGCUGCAGCUGCAGCUUCAGGUCUCCAUCUGCACCCCUUAUUUCACCCGCUGUUCCCCGCACAGGACCUGCAGCACCACUCGGGCCCUAGCAGUUAAAGUCCUUGCACACUAUGAACACAGUACAUUAGAAACAGUAACAGAGAUAGAGGUCAGUUAUACUGCAGUAAUUCCUGUGUUGAACUGGUAGUGUUUGACCCCGGACAACCCCAUACAGGUUUGAGGUGUCAGUUGACUCCAGUCUUUGAGUCUGGAAGGCAAAAUAUUCCCUGUGCUUUUUGGUAUACUUUCAAAUGAAAUCUACACACGACGUACAACUUCUUUCCAAAGGAGUAAGGUUUCCUGUGUAUUACAGAUGUGUGUCGUCUCACAGAGACCUAGUGAAAUAUUAGAAUUAGCACUAGGAAAGGAUGUCUGAAGGAUCUUGAUGUUUAACCUGGCCAAGUUAGUCUUCCCGAUUUGUGAAGGUUUAAACAAUUAAUAUUUUCAAUGGGACUGAGCCCCGGCUGGAAGAAAACGCCUUCCCAGAUAAAUUUAAAAAUCUCAAAUGUUUUAAGUUUUUUUUACACUCAUAAUCUGUGAGCAUAUACAGUAGUAUUGGACUUUCUUGAAUGGCAAAGUAUAAAAUGUACAUAUACUGUACACUAUAUUUUUCCAGGAUAGGAAAUAUACAGUGUUAUCAUUGUUAGGCUUGGCAUUGGUAAGAUCAGUGUGCAAGAGCCAGGUUAGAGGGGAGAAGACUGAGUCGAAGGAUUCUGGCUUAGCAGCAGGUCUUAGCAGCCACGUUCAAAGUGUGUGGUUGUGAUCAGGGUGGGGAUAGUUCAGACUUUUAACACAGCAUGCAACUUUACAAUUGUCUUUUAAAUUGAAUGUAAUAAGUUUAUACUUAGCCGUUUACAGUACAAUUAUCAUUUUAUUAGACAAUAUGUAAAAAUUGCUACAUUUUAUACUUCAAUGUCAAAUGCCACUGAGCAGUCAGCAAGUUAUCAAAAUUGCACUGACUAUAUCAUAUGAUAUGCUGCUUUUUAGGCACUCCCAUGUAGGGGAAUGUAGAAUAAUGCAAUAAUAUUUUUUCCAAUAUAUUUAAAGUCCUUCAAUACCUUGAACUGUAUUUAUGUACUAUGUACUGUACUUUGUAAUGUAAAUACAAAUAUUGCUGAGGUGAGGUGCACAACACUGUAAAAUAUUCUGUAUCAUACCCUUUAAAUAUACUUUUUGUUUACUGUUAUUUUUUGCAGAGUUUUGUUAGUACCUAACAUUAAAGUGUAUGUAAAAUAAUGUGAUAGAAAAGUAUUAAAGAUGAAUGUUAUAAAAAGAACAAGACAUGAUCCUUUGCCGCUUUGGUUCAAAUGUGUGGGAGUGAAUGUCUUUAUAGGUGGAGACGGAGAACAUUCUUAUGAAAUGUUGCAGGCACUUGCUGCUCACUCUGAGGGGUUUCGUAUUGUUGAGCUCUUGAUCUCACUUACAUUAAUACAAAUAAAACGCAGAACAGCACCUAGUGUAUAGAGACACAGAAAGGAAGAAAAAUGGGCUGACAUCCAGAAUUAUUUAGCCAUUAUUAUGUUAGGAUAUUUGUAAUCUGUGAAAACGGAUUAUAAAGACUGACAUCUUAAAGAGCAAACACCAUAAACCUAUCAUGACACUACUAUUUAAGUUACCUCCUAGGAGAAAGUACAGGUAGAUACAUUGAAUGCUCCUUAUUAUUAAACAAGUGCUGUGUAACUGCUGUUUAGUGGAUUCAAAGAUUACACAAAACCUAGUAGUACUGUUUUCUUUUCUCUGGUUCUUGUUUUGUUUCCUUUCCACGAAUUUCAGUAUGUGCACAGAUAUCCUGGAAAAGCCAAGACACCAGCAUAGCUUUGCUCAGUCGUGGCCAGAUGGGUCUGUACAAGCUUGGUCGAGCACCCAAUCUCCAACAGUGUGGGUUAGCCACCCAUGUCAACCAUAUGCCAACUCCAGCUCGACCAUCCAUGUCUCUCAGUUUGUUUUUUAUAAGUAUACGUGUUCUGUUUUUUACUGUUUUGUAUUUUUUGCAUUAUGAUUUUCAUGUGCAAUUAAGAUCUAGAAACUGAAAUGUGGAAAAGAGAUUCAUACCACGUGUGUUUCAGACAAUUUGCUUACCGUGUCUGAAUGGCAAAGCUUACACCCACCCUCAAUAUGAGGGUGAAAAAAAACAGCUUUGUCCAUGUGGAAAUUACAUUUCUGUAAUGGAAAAUGAUUUAAGGCGUUUCCAAGGAUUAAUUGUUUUAUUUUUUUUUUUCCUUAGAUGCUGCAAUUUGUUGAUUGGCAAUCAGAGGAUUUAAUUGAGAUCUUAGAAGUUUUUAAUAUUUUUUCUUGUAUGACUCCUACAUAUAACAGAAGCCCCACUGCCCUCAAUUUUCCAGCUUAAUUAAAAACUAAUGAUUGGAACUGAAAUGCUGUACUAAAAUAAGAGGUAAUCAGAUGUAGGCAUUUGUCCUUCCUAUAGCUCAGUGGUCUGUAUCAACACUUGUUUCCGACUUUUCUGACUGCUAGAAUUAAAAAAAAGAAUGGCAAUAGCAGUUUGAUAACAGUUUUUAGUCUUUGAUUAUUUCUUUAAUUGUAUAAAGUUGCAGACUAUUCUGCCUAUCUGACUAGUUUGACUUAUAUAUUGUUCCCGGGAAAAAUAUGUUUACAGUGUUAAUCAGCAUCAAGCAACAUAACAUCUUUGCCAGAAAAAGGGAUGCUAAUUCACAUAUAUCUAAAAUUCCUAAUUUGUUACAUACUGAUUAAUUCUAUGUAAU